UAGCACGAUUCACGUGGUUCAUGCCGGGAAAAAUUAAUAAUUUUACGAUAUGGAUGACGUAAAUUCUACGGAGGAUAACGCGGUUAUGGUCGCGGAUAAAUUAUCCGAGCCACCGAUGAAUAUGAGCAAGCGUCAAUUGAAAAGAUUGCUGAGAGAGAAGAAGUGGUUGGAACGAAAAAGCGAGAAGAGAUUGCGAGAGAGGAUUAAAGCAAGAGAGAAACGUGCAUUUGCACGUGCAAAUAACUUAAGCCUAGGUCCAUCCAGAAAGUUCUUAAAGAAAAGCACCAUGGCUGAGAGUGCUUGUACGCUCACAGUAACCAUCGACUUGUCAUUCGAUGAAUUAAUGAUCGAUAAGGAUAUCGCUAAGCUAACGAAACAAAUACUAAGGUGCUAUACUUUGAAUAGAAGAGCUAUGGCACCUAUGCAAUUUUCCCUCACUAGUUUUACUGGCAAAUCACGAAUCAGUAUGGAGAAGCACAAUGGAUAUAAGCAUUGGGAUGUGAGUUUUCAUACGGAGUCGUACAUAAACGUUUAUCCCAAAGAUAAGAUCAUAUAUCUCACGAGCGAAUCAAAUAACGUGAUAGAUCAUCUAGAACAUGAUUGCGUGUACGUUAUAGGUGGUCUCGUUGAUCACAAUGCACAUAAGGGCAUGUGUCAUAAAUUAGCGAGAGAGGCGGACGUCAGACACGGUCGAUUGCCAUUAGAUAAAUUCCUACAGAUGAAAGCAAGAAAAGUGUUGACUAUUGAUCACGUUUUUGAAAUACUAUUGAGAGUCUCGGAGGGUGAUACCUGGCAAAAAGCAUUUUUAAAGGUGUUACCGGAGAGGAAGAAUGCUCGUCCGAUCAUUUCUGUGCAAUCCAAAGGAGACGAAUCACAAGAUUCGAAACUUGUUGAUGUAAAUAAUGCCGUCUUGGCUGAUAUAGGUAAUACAGUACCAGUUGAUUCAAAAGCUGUCGAUGUAAAUAACACAAUGCCGGUUGAUGUAAAUAAUGCAGUGUCGAUUACUGUAAAUAAUACAUUGACGGUUAUAAAAGAUAUUAAAGAGAGAGAUAUCAAAUCUGAGUGCAAAGUAGAUUCGAAAGAUAUCUUAAAUGAAAGUUCCUGCAUAACGUAG